AUGGAGGGUUCCCAGGAAGUGGAUGCCGGCGGCGAGGGUUCAUUUCUUCGCAGAGUCGCGGAUGAAGACGAUGCUGGUCAGCACAACUAUUCGGCAACGUGCCGCUGGAGACAGAGAGCCAAGAGGUGUCAAGAGUGGGUGGAGGAAUGGAAGGCCAAACUCGAAGACUCCGACUGUGUCUUGGAGGAUCUAACGAUUCCAGACCGAUCGGAACUUUUUCUGAUGGCUGGUGGCGAAUCUUCCCUUGGCGAAUUGCUGUCCGAGUGCGAAAACUUUCGAGAAGAACUCAUUGAGGAGUAUAAUAAUAAAGAGAACACACAACAAGCCAUUCGUCGCCGUGACCAAGAGUUUCUUUGGACAAAGGUCAGAUUGGUUGCGGCAAGAGCAGAUAGUAUUCAAAAGGCGCACAAUGAUAUUAUGAAAAACCAGCUUGCUCUUCACUGUGCCAAAGGAAAUGAAACCAGGAGUACGAACGAAUCAGAUGCCAACUAUAGUCUCGAUUCUCGUUUUGACAGAGCAAAGGAAGCCAGUCCACCAGCGGGAACCAACACGCUUGAUACCGGACUUGACAAUGGUCUAGUCCUCCUGUUAGCUCGGGUCUCAGAGCAGCUACAAACCAGGUUGCAAUGCUUUCAUUUGUUUGUCUCUGCUCUGUUCAAGGAGGCUGAAGAAACGCAGGAUCCAGCAAAGGUCAAGAAUACAACCACUGCCAUUCUCGCAUGGGAAUAG